AGGAACCUCGUCAGGAUUGCUCGCAUUAUUUAUCUAAAUUAUUUAGAUAGUUUUGUUUUCAGAAUGGGACACAUCACUUUUUACAACAAAAAUGCUGAUUAAAAACAAAGAGGAGUGAUUUGUAAAUGUACUUUGACUUGGAUUUAAACAAAAACAUAUAAAGACCAGUGUUUCCAUCCCCGACCUCGAUUUCUGCCUAGCCUCGUUUUGUUUGUUUGCCUGAUCACCUGACCCCUGCCUGUUUUCACGACCACAUACUUUGUCUUUCCCAUUGGAUUAUUCUGCUUUGAUUCUGUCACCUGUAAUCUGCUUCCGUCUCCACCCACGGUACGUGACAGAUUACUUCGCCUUCCUACGGAAGCAGCGGCUAACCCUCUGUGGCGUCAGGCCAUUGAAGGCCACGGUAGAAUGAUUAGCAACCAGAACCAGCAGCUAGCCAACCUGACUGUGCAGUUUCCUCCCAUACCGGCGCUGGAGAAAUAUGCCAGGGAUCUGGCACGCUGUCAAGGUUUUGUCCUCCAAUGCUCCCUGUAUUUUGCAAGCUACCCAGGGAUGGUGGAGACCCAGAGAAUCACCCACUUCAUGGAGCUGUUAACCAGGAGAGCUCUACUCUGGGCCACGGCUGAAUGGGAGCAGAGAAGCAGCACCAUAACGUCCUUGGAAAUGUUGACAGAUCAAUUUCGGCUGGUCUAUGAUCACUCUCCUGAUAACGAGGAGACAGGGGAGGAAGUGCUAACCCUAAAGCAAGGUGCACGCUGCGUUGUGGAUUAUGCCCUAGAGUUUCACACUGUUGCUGCCAGGUGUGGCUGGAAUGAGCCAGCUCUCAAGACUAUGCUUUGCUAGGCAUUGAACCCGGAUAUAAUGACAGAGAAGGCCUGUCGCAACAACCAACUCACCCUCGACUCAGUCAUUAACUUGGCUAUCCGCCUAGAUCUCCUGCUACAGAGCCGCUGCACGCAGUGAGGCUGCUGUUACUGUACAAGGCAUCCCUGCUGAACCCAUGGAGAAACAGAUCCGCGGCCUACUCGACAAGCAGGCCCAGCUGCUGGAGCGAAGAACUGCGCUGGAAACAUCUUGUGCCUCUGCCUACACAUCCAAGGUAAGCACACAGCGUGGUAUUUCCACUCCCAACCCCUCUACGCCGUGUGUUUCUCUGUGCAAGGACCAUGCACCUAGGACUUUCCCAGCCGAGGUCUCCGUCACGCCGGCGCCAACACACCACGGGCCUUGGGUGAACCAGCGGUGGAAGGCGCGGGCUGGACCCCAGGCGGUUCCAAUCAGGAACCACUUCGCCCCUCUCCGUCAGACCAGACCUAACGCUGUGAUCGUCUGGGACUCCAUUGUGUGGAACGUCCAUGUAGUUUCAUCUAAAGGUAAAGUGCACACACACUGUUUUUCUGGUGCUCGUGUCCUUGAUGUCGUUGCGCAGAUAUCCGGGAUCCUGAAGAAGGACGAGCGCAUUGGAGCGGUUGUGCUGCACAUGGGGACAAACGACAUCAGGCUGCGGCAGACGGAGGUUCGGAAGAGGGACUUCUCCAGCCUGAUCAAGACGCUACGAGGCAGAUCACCCACCGCAAAGAUCAUCGUCUCUGGACCUCUUCCCACAUACAGACGUGGAGCCGAAAAGUUCAGUAGACUUCUAGCUUUAAAUGAUUGGUUAGUUUCUUGGUGUAAUGAGCAGAAUCUGGUGUUUGUCAAUAACUGGAAUCUGUUCUGGGAGCGUCCUAGGUUGUUUCGUCCUGAUGGCCUGCACCCCAGCAGCCUCGUAGCAGAACUGCUGUCUGACAACAUCUCCAAGACGCUACACUCCAAGUGACUGCCUAACGAUACCAGCCUCCAUUGUACCCCUGGGAUGCAAACCCCACCGAGUCACCAGCAGUGGACCAGUACUUCCAGAGGAGCGAACACGUUUGGGUCAGUACACACCAGCGCCUUGUACAAACGGCACACACCUACAAGCGCAAGGCCAACCGUCGCCACAGCGAGCACCCGCAGUACCGCAAUAGUGUCUUGUUGUUCACCCAAGACUUAAGACAGCCGCAUAGCUGCAAGAAACUUAGCCCAAGGUACACCAGGCCAUUCAAGAUCGUCAAGCAAAUCAAUGAGGUCACCUACCAUUUGGAACCACCUCGACACAGUCGCGUAGCUCCCUCCUUUCACGUGUCACGACUCAAGCCUGUCAUCAUGGGACCUCUAGCCAUGGAUGAAACCCCUCCUGUCCCACUCAAGAUCGAUGGGCAACCUGCCUACCUCAUCAAAGAUAUUCUAAACUCAUGGCGCAGGAGGGGUAAGCUGGAGUAUUUGGUUGACUGGGAGGGAUACGGGCUGAGGAACAGUGUUGGGUGAUGGCGCAAGACAUCCUGGACCCGCUGCUAUGUAAAGACUUACACACAUCACAACCUGAACAUCUAGGACCCCGACCCUGGGGGAGACACAGAAAGGACUCUGCUCCCGAAGUGAGCCCUUCGAAGGGGGUGCUCUGUCAUAUCGCAGCCAAGCCAUGACUCAGUUUCCCAGGAGGCCCCACGGACUACAAACAUGGCCACUGAGAACUACACUUCCCACAGCACAUAAGAGAUCACACAGUUGAGACGUCCCAAGGGUGAUGUAAAAAACCAGAGCUGAAGCACUUCAAUUUUACAGUUUUCUUAGGGUCAGGAUGACCCAGACACCAAUAUGUUUAGAGUUAGCUAUCCCGGAACACCAUUACGUACAUCAGUUGGCACUGUUGAGCAACCCUUAUCACGUGGUGCAGUUCCAGCUCCAAAAUCUAUUUUGUCUUGUUUCACUCUUUAAAAAUAACCUGACCUUGUCUGUGUCGUUUCCUGACUGGAUUUUCGUCGAGAAAGGACACUUUCAAACACACCAUCUCUAUAUUAUAAAUAAAUUUUAUGUUUGUUCUACAUUUCUUUUUUUUUCUUUUUUAUAGUGCUUGCAUUUACAUUACCCUAUAAUAGUUUUUCAUGAAACAGAAUAUGAAACAGAUAAAUUUCUGUUUUCUGCAUACACACCAGGCCUCUCUGUGUGUGUGUGUGUGUGUGUGUGUGUGUGUGUGUGUGUGUGUGUCUUAGUUCACCUUCUGCCUGCAUGCAGACGUACUCCACCUACAUUCUGAGGCCUGCCGCACUAAUCAAAUACAUGUAUUGUUAUCCCCCUGCGCCUUGCUUAUCUGUGUGUUGUGUCGUAGGUGAACAUCCGUUCUUACAGUCCACCAGCCCAGUGAAUUCUCAAUAAGAUUACAUAUUAUUCAUACUAGGUCUCCUUCGUGUUUAUUUCAUGUAUAUUUUAUAUACAACACAGACUUCACAAAGUAAACGUUCAGUAGACUUGCUCUGUGCCGUUAUCCAAGCCGUUCAUUGUGAGUUUUGCUUAAGUGACUUUGAUCAGUGUUUCCAUGCCCAACCUUGAUUUCUGCCUAGCCUCGUUUUGUUUGUUUGCCUGAUUGCCUGACCCCUGCCUGUUUUCACGACCGUGGACUUUGUCUUUCCCAUUGGAUUAUUCUGCUUUGAUUCUGUCACCCGCAAUCUGCUUCCGUCUCCACACACAGUACGUGAAACACAGCAGUAAACAGUCGACUGUCCCAACUUUUUUGAAGUGUGUUGCAGUCAUCAGAUUUGAAAUGAGUGUAUAUUUUCAAAAAUAAAUUUAAUUCAUAAAGUAAAACAUCAAAUAAUGUGUUAAUAAUGUGUUUUAUAGUGUAUUAUGUGUUUAUAUGUUUUUUAGUAAUAUAGUAAAGGGUGAAUUGAAUUUUCAAAUGACUCUUUUUGUUUGUUUUUUUGCUUUUUUUUAAAAAUUGUGGUUGUAUCAUGAGAUCAAAUUGACCAAAAUUUUCACCUACCUACAGAGUCUCCUCCCAGGAGUGUUUAGAAAUAACGAAAGUAUUUAAGAUAAUACUAUUGGGUGUGUUUUAAUGACAGUUUGAGCAGCAGCACCUGACAUGAUUUGCCCCAUCCCAAAUGACGCACUUUGCGGUUUGAAAGUUCUUGUUUCCACAUUCCACUGCAGGAUUUCCCAUUUCUCAAUUUGGGAUUCCUUAAAGUGCUCGCAGGUGUGUGUGUGUGUGUGUGUGUGUGUGUGUGUGUGUGUGUGUGUGUGUGUGUGUGUGUGCGUGCGUGUGUGGUGGUACUGUUGAUAAAUAAUUUGCAAAUAAAUAACACCACGAAAUUAAAGUGUUAUUUCCGGAAACAUUUCUCACUCAUGCAAAAACCAUCUACAAUUGAGACUACUCAGUCUGCAACAGCCAAUCAGACACAUUUUCCACAAAGCUCAUGACCAAUCACAGCAGGAAUUUGCUCAACCAAUCAGAUUAGACUUUGCAAACACUGCAGGCUUAGUAUUUUCUAAGAGACAAAUUGGAAAUGUAUCGCAAAUGAUUAUUAUAUAAAGUAUAUUUAAUAAAGUCGCAUUAAAGCCUCCAUUUGAUCUACAUGGUUCUUUCAUCAGUACAGUCCUAAAUUUUCAGAAAAAAACAUCUUUUACCUAGAAAGCUGUUUUACAGUCUAUUCAUAUACCUUUAAAUCAUUUUAAAGGUGCAAUUUAUCCACAUUUCCAGAUGAAAGACACACAUUAAUGGUACAAUCUACCACUCUGCCACUCUUCCCUAGUAAGCAGAAUCAGGCUAAAAUCUCCAAAGCCGGUAACUUUCAUGGACCUGGCAACCCAGCCUGCAGAGCUCAGAAAGAUUUAUCUGAUUAGCAUUCUUGUAGAUUUGGGCGAGUGGGUGUGAGAAAAACCUUCAGUAAACCACAGAAGGGUGCAGGUGGUGCAAACACGUACCACGUAAUGUAUAAACUCAAAUAUGUAUUUGUGGAAGGCAGAAAUGCAUGUGCAGUGCAUUAUUUAUUUAAUGGCUGAUCUUGCUUUAUUUUUGAGGAACUACAGAAAUAAAACGUAACACACACACA